CUCAUGAACAAAACAAGGAUGUUAAUCUGAAUGAAUUGAAAACAAAAUAUUCGAGACUUAAUAAAUUAUCAAAUCAGCCUAAAUUGGUUGACAUUAUUGCGGCUAUACCUGAACAGUAUAAAAAUGCAUUGAUGGGAAAGCUGAAAGCUAAGCCUAUUAGGACUGCUAGUGGGAUUGCUGUUGUAGCUGUUAUGUGUGAUCCAGAUUCCGAUUUUGAAUAUUCAACGCAAUCAUAUACUGGUUAUGAAACAACAAGCAUGAGAGCUAUUAGAGCAAGAUAUGAUCCUCUAGAACAAGCCAGAGGGCGUGUUGAUCAAUUGAAAAGUUUGGGUCACAAUGUUGAUAAGGUUGAAUAUAUUAUGGUGAUGAUGAAGCUGCAAG